GGACGAGAUGACAGAGGAAGACAACGAGGGGAGGAGGAGGAGGAGGAAGACGAUGUGGAGGACAAGGCGAUGACAGGGGAAAAUGACUGCGAGGAGGAGCGGGUAGAAAAUGGCGACGGGAAGGUGGGGCAGAUGGAAGAGGGCGACGAUGGGGAGGAAAAACGACGGGAAGGUGGAGACGAUGGAGGAGGGAAGGUGGUGGAGGAUAUGGAGGUGGAAGACGACGACGAUGACGGGACGAUGACUGCGGGGGAAGAUGACUACGGGGAGGAGCGGGUGGAAGAUGGCGAUGGGAAGGUGGGGCUGAUGGUGGAGGGCGACGAUGGGGAGGAAAGACGACGGGAAGGUGGAAAUGAUGGAGGAGGGAAGCCUGAGGUGGUGGAGGAUAUGGAGGAGGAAGACGACAACGAUGACGGGACGAUGACUGGGGGGGAAGAUGACUGUGGGGAGGAGCGGGUGGAAGAUGGCGAGGGGAAGGUGGGGCAGAUGGAGGAGGGCGGCGAUGGGGAGGAAAGAUGACAGGAAGGUGGAGACGAUGGAGGAGGGAAGGUGGUGGAGGAUAUGGAGGUGGAAGACGACGCAAUCACACACACAUACUUACACACACAUACACACACACACACACACACACACACACACACACACACACGGGGCGGGGCCGGGGGGUAACGAGGGGGGGGGGGUAAGACCUUUCCGCCACGAUUUCGAAGGUCUAACCUCCCCCUGACACUACCCCCCAACCCUGCUCUGGCCCCGACCCAUCCCCCCGCCCACCCUCCAACCCCUACGAGCGAAAUCAAGCCCGGGAAAUGAU